UGCCAGUCUGUCAGGGUGAAAAAGCAUCUGAAUUAAAUGAGAAUUUGUCCCAAACUGAUGAAUACUACAACUCCAAAGUUAAAUCCAAGUGGAAAGAGCAAGCAGUGAAAACUUACAGAAGCCUCCUCCUUCUUGCAGAGUGGAUAAAACACCAAUUGGCAGCCAUGAUACAAAGGCCAGCACUUUUGAAAUAUGCUUCUGGGAGUGAACUUCCAAUGGUCUUCUGUUCCCAGUGAUCAGCGGGUCUGGGAGGAGUCUCACCGGUGGGAAAGCCCUGCCUAGCGGGAGUCGCCCCAACUUCUUCCUCAUUCACCGCGCUGCCCCUGUAGUGGCGGCGGCUCCGGAGGUUUUCAUACACCGCCGAGUGAAACUCCCAGCCCGGGCCUACAGUCAGAGCUGCCUCCCUCCCUAACCCCCCCUCGCCUCUCCUCGCUGGCUGGCACUGGAGGGUGCACACCGGGAGUUGGGUGGAGUUGUUGUCCGAUCUGAGGAAUGUGACGCACCGACGGGAAAGGAGACGCACGACGGCGGUUUCACCGGUUAGAGCGAAAUACGUCCGUAGAAAGAGAGGAAACAAGUUCUGCAGCAAAGUUAGCAGGUUCAGAUUCCUCCCCCCUUACGUCUUGUCACCCCUGAGCCCUGACCUUUGACUCCACCCCACUCUCCAACCAUGGCGCACCGAUCUCAGAGUUCAUCGAUUGGUGAUAACCCCCUGGACCCAAACUACCUGCCACCACACUACCGGGAGGAAUACCGACUCGCUAUUGACGCACUGAUAGAACAUGAUAUACCGGGAUACUAUGAGUUCCUCCAGACUGCAGAUGUGGUCAGUUUCCUGGCACAGCCGGAAAUUGAAUAUAUCAAGUCCACAAUCCAGGCACCCAACCAGACCUCCAACCUCCCGGAGCUGACAUACCACGAGGGAGGUAAUGAAGCCGAGGGCUCCUCUGACACCUACUGGCCGAUGCAGUCCGACCUGGCUGCUCCGGGUCUGGACCUGGGGUGGCCAAUGACACAGCACAGCUUAAUCGGGCCCACAGAGGUCACCACUCUGGUCAACCCCUCCGACCCAGACAUGCCGAGCAUCAAGGAACAGGCCAGGAGACUCAUCAAGAACGCACGCCAAGUUAUUGCCGUGGUGAUGGACGUGUUCACAGAUGUUGACAUUUUUGCUGACCUCUUGGACGCAGCAUCACGCCACGUUCCUGUCUACAUUCUACUGGAUGAGCAGGAAGCCCAUCACUUUGUCUCCAUGGUCAUCAACUGCAAAGUCAACUUGGACUUAAUUCAUAUGAUGCGUGUCAGAACUGUGGCAGGAAUAACCUAUUAUUCCCGGACGGGGAAAUCAUUUAAGGGGCAGGUGAAAGAUCGGUUCCUACUGGCUGACUGCAGGGCCGUACUCAGUGGGAACUACAGUUUCAUGUGGUCCUAUGAGAAGAUUCACCGCUGCAUCGCCCACCUUUUCCUUGGGGAGCUAGUUGCAACCUUCGAUGAAGAGUUCCGCAUUCUCUUUGCUCAGUCAGAGCCUCUAGUCGUCGACCCAUCCGAAGGAACACUUGCACUCUCAGACACCAGCAGCACCAGCAGUUACUUUGGCAGCCAGUUUGGUUUGAAGAGGACCCAGUCUUUGCGGAACCCCUUAGCUUACCGCAGGCAACCUGAAAUUUCCUCUGGCUUCCCCUAUGGAGACUCUGAUCGCAACCUUGCGAUUCCUUUCCGGAGAAACGACCCAUUUCGUCACACCAUUGAACCUGGGUCAGGAAUUACAAUUGGGAAGUAUUCCCAGCAACAGCUUUAUAUGCAGCAGUCCUUCCUGGACCAGGGAAGGUCCAUAGUGUCUAGGCAGAUGGAGAUGAGUAGCAGUGCCUACAAGAGGCACAGCUAUGCAGAGGGAACCCAAGAAAACUACACAUCUUCAAGGCAAUACAUGAAGCACAGAGUCAUGAAUAAUCUGGACGAGACAGAGUUCCAAAGGGAACAGAGCCACAGUAGCCAUUACUACAAUGAAGGGCCUGGACCAGGUUCUGGCCAUGGACACUACAACAGACUUCGAGGCCGUCCUCCACAUCUCUCCAUUGACCAGUAUUCAGACUCAAGCUUCCGCUCAGAGCCGGAGCCUCCUCCUGCAAUUUAUGGCAGAGACUACUUUUCAUCUGAGGAUUUAGGUGGACGUGAGGGCCACCAGGCACCUCCAUUAGCUGGAAGGUACGGAGGAGGUUCCUCCCAUAAGAGGCCAAGUAUAGGUCAGACGUAUGCCUGCCAGAGCUCACCCACACAACCCCAUCCACCAGAGAAGAAACAGUUUCCAAAAAAAUCUGAUCAAGAGCUUGAAGAAGAUGAAAGUGUUAAGCAAGGCCUGAGGAGAUGGAGAAUCCAUUCAUAUCUUAGCACUUAUGAGGACAGUGGAGAAGAAGGCCUGACUCAACCAAUGGGGUCUGAUGCAUUUGAAGAUCCUCCACUAUCUCAGCAGUCUACUGCUGCUGAUAGUUCAGCUCCCCGCUUUGGAAUUAAAGAACCACCAAAUGUUCCCUCUAAGCCCAGACCAGAUAUUCUGAAACCACGCUAUGGAAAGCCUGUUUUACCUGAAGGCACCAGUAAAGACUUUGCCCCAACAACUGAAAAAAAGGAGUGGGAAAGAGAGCCAGAGAGUGGUACAAGGGAGGUGGGUGUGGAUGCAGAGGUGAAGGAGGGUCCAGAUUUCUUGCUUUCGAAACAUGAAUCAUUCCGCUCACGUGUUAAUCCACUCCUUCAACGUAGCUCCCGUCUGCGUUCCUCACUUAUAUUUUCAUCUUCCAAGGCAGAAAUGCACAGUGGUAGCCUGGGCCUAAAACCAGCCACAGAGGAAGAUGAGGAGUUAGACUCAGUGCGCACUUCCUCAAUUGUGGCUAAGAUCCUAGAAAAGAGGAGGUCAUUUUCUCGGGAACCUUUUGAUUGGAGAAAGAAGGUGGAGGAAAAAGAAAAGGAGAAAGAAGAAAAAGAGAAGGAGAAAGAGCAUCAGAAAGAGGAAAAGGAGACACAAUUAAAAGAUGAGACAAAGGAAAAAGAGGAACAUGAAAAAAAUAAAGAAGAGGUAAGGACAACCCCAACUGUCGAAACCGAAGUCACAUCAUCAUCUCUGAACAUGAAUGACCCAGCCAGUCGACUGCAGUAUUUCAAAGACCUGGCUGCCAAGAGAAAGGCCUCAAGAAUGGAGGCAGAGUCAUCACUAAAAGCCCCAGAACCUGCUGAAAAAAAGCCAGACCUUUCUGAUAAACCUUCUCCAAACACCAUGACAACUCCAAAGACUCCAACUGUGUCUGUCAGUUCAGCAGAACCUGAACCAAAGAAGCCAGACAUCUCUGGAAAACUGGCAGAGCUCAAUCGCAGACCUUCACUUAGUUCCUCAAAACCACCUAUAGUCUCCGCCAAGCCUUCCAUGACCUACCUAAAGCCUUCAGAGACGACUCAACCUCAUAAAGAGGAGAAUGCAACGGAGGGUCAAAAGAAAGAUAUAUUCAAGUCUUUGAAGCCCCUUCCAUCGCCUAAAAUCUUUCGGAGGGAUCCAGUGAAGCUUAAGGGACUGAAUCCUCGCCAUGUCUCCUGUGGUGAGGAGAUUCUGACCACAGAUGCUACAGAUGCUGAGAAGAGUGAAAUGAAAAAGAGCCGCUCCCAUAGUUCUUCAACUCUACAAUAUGAGGACUCUAAGGAUGGACUACAAAAAAAUAUGGGAUCUAAUACAUCCCUUAACACACUUGGGAGUGAGGGAAAAGGUGAGGGCAAGCCACUCGACUUCCUCAAGAAGCAGACUAUGAGGCUAAAGGGAUUCCUGGGGCCCAAGGAUAAAGACAAGAAAUCUGCAGGAGAUGAUAAGGGCAUGAGCACGGUCAAAGUGGUAACAGAUGAUUCAAGCAAAAAGCAGAGUUCAUCAGCUAGAGAUACAGGAUCUACCACUACUGACCAAACUACAGCCAACCACAAGACAUCAACUGGUUUAUCAGGCCCCUCGCGAUACCAGGGCCCUGCCAGCUCUGUCCUGUUCAGUAGCAACCUACGAGAUGACACCAAAGUCAUUCUGGAGCAGAUCUCAGCAAACAGCCAGAAGAACCGACUGGAGCGAGAAGAAAUGGAAGGGGACAGAGAUAGUGAUGCCAGUGAGAAGGGUCUGGAGACAGAGAUGUCCAUUAAAAAGAAUCGACUUCUGCGACCACAGGGCAACGUCCAGGAGAGAGAGGGAUUGUUGAAGAGGAUAGAGAGCAUGAGGAAGGAGAAGAAGGUCUACAGCCGCUUUGAGAUGGGGAAUACCCUGGGACAAUGAGAGGAGGAGGAGCAACCUUUUAUAUGGAAUCUAUUUAUGCAAGAUGAUCAAAAAGACUCAGUGCCCAUAUGUGCCAACGACACUUUCAAAGUACCUCUGUGGCUCAACACUGCAGCCUUUCCUGGAUUUUCACUUAAUGUAAUAAAACUUGAAAAGACAAUAUAUAAAAAUGCUGAAAACAAAUGAAAGUCAGUGAAUCUGGAAUGUGCCUGUUUGCCAGACCCUGGUACAACUUUUGCCUUAUAUGGCGAAUGACAGAAAGAAGAGUGACUCUACUUGAAUACUGGGUGCAUGGGCUAAUGUUUCACCAAACAGAAAAAGGUAGGGCGAUUUACCUAUGACUAAGCUUGUGUGGACGUGACUGAGAGAGUUAGAGAGAAUAAGAGAAAGUCAGCACAUAUCAUACCUGAGGGAAAGAAAAAGUCAAAAAUCAUGGCAGUAUAUAACUGCACAUCUGUAGAACCAGUGUCUAUGUUGUUGGGACUUGUUUGAAACAGGGAGAGUGUGCCAGUGGCACUCCAAGGGCAUUACCAAAUCUAGAAGGCCUAAUAUUAACCCAGACCAGAAAGCAAAGAUGGGAAUAUAAAGUGGAAUAGAGGAGUAAGAUGGAGAAUUGAUGAAGGGUGAAAUUUUCAGGGCAAGUAUGAGAUUUUAGAGAAGGAGGUGAAACAAAAUCAAAAUUAACUGAGUAAACUGUUUUAUAACAUCUAAUUGUGACUUUGAGGCAACAGCAGUAGUUUUGAUUGAAAGUCAAGCCUAUAGUGAACUUUACCCUUUCAAGAAAGUGUUACGUAUCUAUCUGUUAGGGUGUGUACCCGUUUCUCAUGGUUAUAAAGAUGUCAAAGAACCAUUCCUAGAGAGGGCCUAAGUGCUUCAGGGUCAGAGGAUUGGAGCUAAAAAAAAAAAAAAAGAAGAAAAGCAUGUGUAUUUGUCUUUGUCUUGUUUUGUAAUGUAAAUAAAUAUGUAAAGCUUUUACAUUAUCCCUGAGUCACAAAAAAAAAAAAGAUAAUUUCUAUAUAACUGACAAAUGUGCCCUGGCUGCUCUCUUUUAAAUUAGUCUUCACCUCUGAAGGAAAGGAAGAUGAUUGACCGAUUUUGCAGUACUGGAACAGGGCCAUGCUUCCUUACAUAAGUCACUUCAGUCUGACACCUACGCCCUACGCAGGACUCCUGACACCUUUGUUGGCUUGUAGACACUAUUAAACCAAAGAUUUAGUUAUAUGGUACAGUUCCCAGGCUGCUUGACAGCUCAGCUGAGCAGAAAACCAUUUAGUGUUACAUGUAUUUUUGUACAGUACAUCAAAAGAUUGGAGGACCUAUUGUUAUAUGGACACUAAAGUGGUUACACUGUUUUCUAUUAGAGAUUAUAUUGUAAAUAUUUAAAUAAAUUAAGGGUUGGUUGACAUUUUAAGUAUCAAAUUGGAUUAUGAUUACUCUCACUGUAGUAUCAGUGCCUUGUGUUUAUUUUUAAUUAACAUGUGAGUAUGUGGUCUUGGCUGUAAAAAGUAAUUGACAUUAAUUAGGGGGGAAUCAGUUGCACAGGGUCAAUGUGUUCUUUUUUUAAACCUCAAAGAGUAUUACAUUGUAUUUGAAAUACUGCAAAAAAUGUUUAUUACUUUUAUUAAAUCUCUCUUAAACUGA